AGCAGAUAUGAAUAAAAAAACAUUCGUGCUUUGAUGAAAAUUUCACAAAGAUGCGCCUCUUUUACCAGUGUCACCUUCAGAGCGGAGCCAGAAGAAUGAAGAAUGCACCGUGGAGCUCGGUGUGGGUGGUCCUCCGGGCGAUGACUGCAGUGGCCUGCACGGCUCUACGCUCUCCUACCAGGGCAUCAUCUACUCCGUGAACGAGGGCUGCGGGUUCCCAUGCCGACGCAAGCAUGAGACCAAGAUGAUCCUGCGGGAUGUCAGUGGCAUCAUGCUGCCCGGGAUGAACGCCAUCAUGGGUCCCACGGGCAGCGGCAAGACCUCCUUGCUGGACGUGCUGGCCGGGAGGAAGGACCCCAAGGGGCUGAAGGGUGGCACGGUGCUGUUGGACGGUCACCCCAUGGACUCGGGCUUCCGCCUCAUCUCAGGAUACGUCGUGCAGGACGAUGUCAUCAUGGGCACCCUCUCGGUGCGGGAAAACAUCGAGUUCUCGGCAAACCUACGGCUGGCGCAGCAGGGCGCUAAGAGAAGUGACUGGGAGCAAGAGAAGCAGCAGCGCGUGGACAAUGUCAUCCGGGAGCUGGGCCUCACUGAGUGUCAGAACACCAAGGUGGGCACGGACAUGAUCCGCGGCGUAUCAGGUGGUGAGAGAAAGCGCUGCAACAUCGGCAUGGAGCUCAUCACCAGCCCGUCCGUGCUGUUUCUGGAUGAGCCCACGACGGGUCUGGAUGCCAACACAGCCACCGCCAUAAUCAGAUUACUCUACAGGCUGUCCCGCAAUGGCCGCACGGUCAUCUUCUCCAUCCACCAGCCACGCUACUCCAUCUUCCAGAACUUUGACCGGCUCACGCUGAUGCACCACGGGGAGGUCGUGUUUCACGGACCCUCCCUUGACGCCGUGCCUUACUUCUCUUCCAUCGGCUACGAGUGCGAGGCGUUUAACAACCCGCCUGAUUUCUUCCUGGACGUGAUUAAUGGGGAAAUUCUCCUUUCGGGGCAUCACGGCGUUGGAAGCGGUGGUCGCACAGCGAAAUCAAUCGAGGAAUGCUUUGUUCUUGCAGGAAAGAAGCACAAUGGGAGCUGCGAUGAUGAUGAUGAUGUAGAACGUGGGGAGGAUAGUAUGGAGAAAGGCGGCAGUCUGGAGCUGGCAAAAGCCUACAGGUCGUGCCACCAUUGGGCUGACACCCAGCGCCGACUGGAGGGCAUCGGGAACGUGGCGGCCGUGCCAGUCCUCAUACGUAGCCACUACGCCACACGCUUCCACUACCAGCUGUACAUCGUGUGUGGACGGACCGUGAAGAACAUGCUGAGGAAUCCCCAGACCUCGUUCAUGCAGUACUUCAUCAACACCCUCUUUGCAGUCCUCGUGGGCCUCAUCUACUGGCAGAUAUCGGACGAACCUCCAGCCGCCAUCCAGAACAGGAUGGGAGUGUUUUUCUUCCUCAUCAUCAACCUGGUGUUUGCGAACCUGUCGGCCGUGGAGCUCUUCCUCUAUGAGCGGGUCCUCUUCAUGCACGAGAGCUCGAGUGGGUAUUACCGCACCUCGGCGUACUUCCUCUCCAAGGUGUUUGCCGACCUGCUGCCCAACCGCAUCGUGCCCAUUGUCAUCUUCGCUGCAAUCUCUUACUUCAUGAUCGGGCUGCGGCUGGACGUGGUGGCGUUCUUCCUGUUUGCGCUCACGCUCGUGCUCACGAGCCUGGCGGCAGUGAGCCUCGCCUUCCUCGUGUCUGCCAGCGUCAGCAUCUUCGCCGUGGCCAACGCCCUCAUCGCCAUCCCCUACGUCUUCAUGAUGGUGUUUGGUGGGUUCCUCGUGAACCUUAACACCAUGCUGGACUGGCUGUCCUGGAUCAAGUACGUGAGCAUCUUCCGCUACGGCAUGAACGCGCUGUCAAUAAACGAAAUGAAAGACGUGCAGUAUUGCAGGAACAUGACCUGCAUGAGCGGAUCAAACUUCCUGGAGCAGCAAGGCAUCGACUACAGCUUGUGGGGCUUCUGGCAGAAUCAGCUGGCACUGGCAGUGAUGACGGUGGUGUUCAUGAUUCUGGCAUACGUGCAGAUGCUAAGGAUCAAUCGAUGGAAGUGACGAGUACUUGGUCAUGUCAGGUGUUGGGUUUUGCAGAUGUGCGGCAUUGAAGCCAAGGAUUGUAUUUGUUUCAUCAUCCUUAGAUACGGCAAGGAUCUUGCUCAGAUAUUGUACGACUAAAUAACAAGAUGACUCAACCACCAUUACAACAAAUGUAUUGGUUUGAAGGUCCACCUGAAUGCAAAAACAAAACAAAGUGUCAGAAUCUUUAUCAGAAUCAUGUUUGUCGACUGGAGGAAUCCGAUGAGCUGUGAAGCUGUUUCACAGUUAUCCAGUGUGAUGGUUAUGAGUGCCAACUCUAGUUACAGCUCAAAGCCUAUGUACUUUCUUCAUAACCGCUGUCGGCAACACAAAAAUGUUAAAUGUUCACAAAAGUAUCUUGGCAUCUGGCUGAAUUAUCAUGUCAACUUCAAAUCUCAUAUUUUAAAAAUGAAUACAAAUUAAGAAACUCAGGGCUUCGUAUCGAAACAAAUCCGGUUUGCCAUCUUCUACACAGAAACAUUUGAUAGCCACUGGCUCCUCUAUGCCUCUCCAAGACUGUUGACAUACAAGUCAACCUCUAAAAGCUACUUUGUAUUUUCUCAAUCCCCUCUUUCAUUCCACCGUAUGCUUUAUCUUACAAACUACUCCACUCAACACUCUGAUCUUUAUUCCAAGACCGGUUAUCACCCUCGGUGGGAAGAUUCAUUGGGCCAAGUUCAUCUUCAGUGCUUACUCAACGCAAUCCCCUCACCGAUCCAGCGUAGUUUAUUCAAUGCCCCACAGCACUAACUCACACUGUACCCAGCAAAAAUAACUCACCUGGUUCCCACUCACUCUGCUAAUGCCCCAAGGACCUGGAAUUCUAUCGCUUCACACGCGUCCUUGGUUACUCUCCCACCUGAAUAACAAAUUGAUGCCGAGCCAUCAAUUCUUUACAACUUCACUUGCAGUUGCUCUUGACAUAGGUCCUUGUUUGUUUACAUACUAGUCAACCUAUAUCUGCUUAAUGUUUAAUGUGUCUGUUGCAUGGUUUUGUCAUUUAUGCUAUGAUCAAUCUGGAGGGAAUCUGCCCAAACUGAUUGUGCUACAGCGAAUUUAAAGUUAAGCUUUGAUUUAACGUUGCUACAGUUUUGCAAUAUUUUGAUUCCUCAUGUGACAGUUGUGUUUUGCUUUCGUUCUGAUUUCUUGACUGUAUUGUACUUCGUUUGAUUGCCGAUUUUAGUCAGGAAUUUAAUUGAAGCAGCAAGUGAGAACAUGCACAAAGAGUAUCCAAAUUGCUCAGUCAGAUCUGCGAGAGUGCAAUUGAAUACACGAAACACCGAAUGGUGACAACUGUAGAGAUAACGACAUGCCUACACACACGUGCUUUGUGUUGCCAUUGAAUCUUCAGCAAUUAAAGUCUGACCAAGCACUAUGCUGGUGAAUAUCAACUAUGCACCUCUUCAGCCAUGUAGCCUUAGAUUCUUUACGCCAUGCAUUGGCAAAUGCGGUUGGCACUGCGUGCCCCCUUCCUUUGAAUCAUUGUGUGGACACGUGCAGCUUAAGCCGCCGCCGUUAAACACAAGAGUACGGAGGUGCUCACACUCACCGAAUAUGGACAUACAUUCUUACAGAACACAAAAGGCAGUAUGUAUACCUAAAGUGCAUUGUAGACAUCGUAAGCGUGAAGCGAAAGUUUGGCAGCUGAUGGCAAAUGUGCUUGCACACGACAGCAUCGGUAAAGACCAUUCAAUGUGAUUACAUAUAUAACAAAACACAAACACGUUCACUUGUGCUCAAUACAUUUUAUUGGAUGUUCAAAAAUAAACAAGGCGAUGCCCCCUCCCCCCCCCCUAUACAAUGCAUCUGGAGACAUAAAACAAUUUUUAAUUCAGCUCUACCGGCAGACCUG